CUUGCUGGCAGGUUAACUUUGUUCUCGUUGCGGUCUCUCUGAAACAAAAUAAUAACAGAACUUAAUUUCAAUAACUUUUUGAAAGUGGUACCAGUGUGUGAAAUGUUUGCCUAAAAGUGCAGCAAACUGUUUAAGAAUAUUAAGAAACUUAAAUACAAUUAAAUUUUAAUUUUUUUUAAAUAAACUGCAAGGAUGACAACGCCAAUGCAGCCCAGCAAGUAUACGGGCCUCGUGGCCGAUCUGAUGCCCAAUAUUCGGGCCAUGAAGUACUCGGGCCUGUUCAUGCACAAUUUCACCGGAGGAAGCGGGUUCAUAAAGAAGGUGUACUCUUCGGUUCAUAUGGUCGUGUUGCUGAUGCAAUUCAUCUUCAUUCUGGUUAAUAUGGCUCUGAAUUCAGAGGAAGUCAAUGAAUUGUCGGGGAAUACGAUUACCGCAUUGUUCUUUACUCAUUGCAUCACCAAAUUUAUAUAUUUGGCUGUCAAUCAAAAGAAUUUCUACAGAACUCUGAACAUCUGGAAUCAGGUGAACUCUCAUCCGUUGUUCGCCGAAUCGGAUGCCCGCUAUCACUCGAUUGCUUUGGGCAAAAUGCGGAAACUCUUCUUUCUGGUGAUGCUCACGACCAUCAUCUCGGCCACUGCCUGGACCACCAUCACCUUUUUCGGGGACAGUGUAAAGAUGGUGGUUGACCAUGACACAAACUCGAGCAUUGCCGUGGAAAUACCACGGUUGCCCAUUAAGUCGUUCUAUCCAUGGAAUGCCUUCAAUAGCAUGUUCUACAUGAUCAGCUUCGCCCUUCAGGUCUACUAUGUCCUCUUCUCGAUGAUUCACUCGAACCUGUGCGACGUGAUGUUCUGCUCCUGGCUGAUCUUUGCCUGCGAACAGCUGCAGCAUCUGAAGGGCAUCAUGAAGCCACUGAUGGAGCUAUCCGCCUCCCUGGACACGUACAGACCCAAUUCGGCUGCUCUCUUCAGAUCGCUCUCGGCCCAAUCCAAGUCCGAGCUCAUCCGGAAUGAGGAAAAGGAUCCCGGCAACGACAUGGACAUGUCCGGCGUCUACAGCUCCAAAGCCGAUUGGGGCGCCCAGUUUCGUGCACCGACCACCCUCCAAUCCUUUGGCAAUGGUAAUGGCAAUGGCAAUGGCAACGGGAACGGUGCUGCUAACGGAGCUAAUCCCAAUGGCCUGACCAAAAAACAGGAGAUGAUGGUGCGCAGCGCCAUCAAGUACUGGGUGGAGCGGCACAAGCACGUGGUGCGGCUGGUGGCUGCCAUUGGCGACACCUACGGAGCUGCCCUGCUGCUGCACAUGUUGACCUCGACCAUCAAGCUGACCCUGCUCGCCUAUCAGGCAACAAAAAUCACCGGAGUCAAUGUCUACGCCUUUACUGUUGUCGGAUAUUUGGGCUAUGCCCUGGCCCAGGUGUUUCACUUUUGCAUCUUUGGCAAUCGGCUGAUUGAGGAGAGCUCAUCUGUCAUGGAGGCCGCCUACUCCUGCCACUGGUACGAUGGCUCCGAGGAGGCAAAGACCUUCGUUCAGAUCGUGUGCCAGCAGUGCCAGAAGGCCAUGAGCAUAUCGGGUGCCAAGUUCUUUACCGUCUCGCUGGAUUUGUUUGCCUCGGUCCUGGGCGCCGUUGUCACCUAUUUCAUGGUGCUGGUGCAGCUCAAGUGAGCGCCUCCCGGCGGACUUGAUGGAUUGAUGGAUGGUCUGUGCCUGGAAAGCGAAUGCCAAGGAGCCACCGUGCAAAGCCCCAAACUACACCCCUCUGCAACGACUCCCCUUCAACAAACCACGUAUUUUAGAGCAAUUAUAACGCAAAUUAUAUAUUUUAUACCAUAUCCAGUCGAAGGACGAAGGACGAGCCUCGUGGGACCUGGAACACUUACAUGCUGGGGCGCAAAUACAAGCCUUGAAUUAUUUAUCGAUUUUUGUACACAUGUAGAGCUUUCAAUGUAAACUCAAGAUGCAAACCAAAUAAAUGUGUAGUGAA